AUGGAGGCGGACGAUGCGCCCUUCGUUCCCUUCACAGAACGAGCGCUGGACGCGUCCAACAGCGGCUACCGCUUGCUGGUGAAAAUGGGAUGGCGCUGUGGCUCCGGCUUGGGCAAACAUGAGCAAGGCAUCGUGGAGCCCCUCAAUAUGAAAGAAAACCUCGUGUACCUCGGGCUCGGCAAAGCGGCGGAGUACGAUAAGGUUACGCAGUUGGCCACGAGCGAGCGACGCAAACUGGACGCAGAAGUGAAAGAAACAGCAGAGCAAACUGCUGCUCGGGAAGCCAAAGGUGCUCGGGAAGAUCAACUCAAAGCACAAGUGAAGAACAUGCAGGCGGCGUUCUACUGCGCAGACUGUCGGAAACAAUACAAAACGGUGAUCGAGAUGGAAAAUCACUUGAGUUCGUAUGACCACCACCACACCAAAAGACUGAAGGAAUUGCAGCAGCAGAAAAGACGCGUAGGGUCUGAGGAAGAACAAGUUACAAAGCGAAGGAAGGAACAGCACCAGGAAGAAGUGAUGUUGCAGAGGAGGAUUGCUGCACAGACCCAAGCUGCCCCAUCCAAAACGACUGCUGUUGCUACUACGGCAAGUGAUGCUGGUUCAAAGGAGAAGCUGACAAAAGUCGGUUUCAGCUUUGGUGGAGGAACGAAAGUGGGGUCAAAGAAACCAGCGAAGAAGGCGCUGCUUAUUUCCUCAGCUUUUUCAAACCCAUUUUCGAAGUAAAGUAUUGACACAUUCUACCGUGAAAA